AUGUCAGGCUUCGAAAUUGCCGGCAUUGUGCUUGGAGCUCUGCCCAUUGUUGUUUCCCUUAUUGGCGAGUAUCGGGAAGGCGUCGGAACCAUUAAGAUCUUGGUAUCAACCCGCAGGUAUCAAAGAGAGGUCAGGCGCUAUCAAGAUGGCCUCAGCACAGAGACCACUAUUUUUCAGAAUAAUUUGGAAAGAGUUCUUCUCCAGAUAGUGCACGAUGAAGAAGACAUAGCGACAUUGCUACAGAAUCCUGACGGUGACCUCUGGAAACGCAGCGAAUACGAUGCAGCCCUUCAAAAAAUGAUGAAGACCAGCUACGGAGCGUACAUGGUGACAAUGAGUGAACUCAGCGACAUGCUCAAAAAUCUGAAAGAAAAAUUGGGUACUCAUUCGGCGCCUUCGAACGCGGUGCCCAAUUUCAAAAGGUUCACUGAUGUAUUAUCCAAGAAGGUCUAUGAAGCUCUUCUGGGCAAGAUUCGAAGCGCAAACCAAACACUUUCCACCAUAACCGAACAAGUCCACAAAUUGGCCGAGUCUCGGAAAUCUCGUUGGCCGAACCGAGGGUUAUUGCAAGACUACACUAAGAUUAGGCGGCACGCUCGCAGUGUGUACGAAACAUUUGUUUGUGGCAAUUGCUGGAGUUGUCCCUGCAAAGCGAAGCACGUCCUACAGCUGCGUCUGGAAAAUCCACCCUCCAAAUGUCGUGGUGGUGGGUCGAGAUGUACGCAGACAAAAUCCAAAUUCGUCGUCCACCGAUUUUCAUACCAGGAAGGUAGCGAGGUAGGAGUCUUGAUGGCGGGCGAAGAAGUCGAGAUUGAAGCAGCGGACCUUCAAGACGAUGCUGACUCUGCAACAUCUCGGAUAUUCCUGCAGACGCAACUCUCUCAAGCUUCUAGAAUUAAUGAGUCAAAGGGCGUCCGUUUCGGCAUUGUCAAGCCAGUACUCGAAACCAUCCCGUGGCCGAAGCAGGGUAAUCCCGGCCAACAGCUUCAAGAUGUCUGCAACGCUCUUAAACUCUGUUCACAAGAAGGGUCGAGGCGGGAACACAUUGGGUUCCUCACGGAUGUACUCAACCGGCGCCGGCACGAUAUCUACAUCGUUAGGAAACUUCCAACUGAUCAAUCCACUAGGUCCAUCAAAAGUAUCCUCGAGGACCAUUCUCUAUCUCCGAGGGUAGGAGACAUUCUGCUGCCCCCUAUCAGUCAACGCAACAGCCGGCACCUUGCAGCUAUUCUAGCCUCUUGUGUUUUCCAACUCCAUGGCAACUGGCUGGAAUCGCUAUGGGGACUUGAAAAUAUCCUGCUGCCGUCGCAAUCAGACUACUACUCGAACCACAUGAGCAGCCUUCCAUAUCUUUCCCGAGCCCUCGUUCAGGCAGCACUAAAAGCUGGAACCCAGAGCGGCAGCGAAUGGAGCAGCCACCCUCUUAUCAGGAGCAAGAUUCUUUUCCCACUCGGACUGGCGCUGGUCGAACUAUCUCUUGGUCAACCUCUCGAGGCCCUGUACGAGCCGAAAGACCACGAUGAGAGUGAAGCGGUAGCUAAGCUCAAAACCGCGCUCCGGCUCCUGGACUUUGUACAAGACCGAAAUGGGGAUCGCUACUGUAAUGUCGUGAAAGUGUGCCUGCUCUGGGCUGGUCCUGAUGGAGAUGAACUUGACAAUAAAGGGCUCCAAAGUGUGGUCUUUGAAAAGGUAGUGAUGCCGCUUCAGGAUGAUCUUGAUGACUUUGAAGGAAACUCGUUUGUUCGUUGA